AAUAAACAUUCAAUUUUAAUUGGAUAUGAAUAUUGCCAUUAAGAGCUGAUGACACACGUGUAUAAAAAUGUAAUUAAAGUUCACAACCAAAGUAGUUUGCAUUUAGUAUAAAAGGAGUAAGGUGAAAGCGGUACUUCAUUCACUUCGAUCACUUUGACAUACAAACUAAUUUGGUCGCAGCAAUCAAACAAGAUGAAGUUCUUCUGUAUUGCAUUCAUUGGCAUUGCCGUUAUUCAAUCCGUUUUGCUUCAAACUGGUGGUCAACCAACGAACAACGGUCCAUCAGCAAGCAAUGGACACUUUGGACAAGCUAAACAACAUCUUUACAAAGGCCUCGAAAAUGCAGGUGGCUUUACCGGAAAUACUGUGCAAGUAGUCCACCAUACUGUUCGGGGUGCUGGAGCUUCUGCAGUCAAUAGAGCAAAAGGUGUUGCUGAUGGUGUCCGUAGCACCAGAAGAGGAGUAGCUAAUGGAAUUGAAUCAUUUGCUGGUGGGUUUAAAAACAGUUUUGGAGGUCAGCAACAAACCGGUGGUCAACCAUCGAACAACGGUCCAUCAGCAAGCAAUGGACACUUUGAACAAGCUAAACAACAUCUUAACACAGGCCUCGAAAAUGCAGGUGGCUUUACCGGAAAUACUGUGCAAGUAGCCCACCAUACUGUGCAGGGUGCUGGAGCUUCUGCAGUCAAUAGAGCCAACGGUGUUGCAAAAGGUGUUGCUGACGGCGUUCGUGACACUAGAAGAGGCGUAGCUAAUGGGGUUGAAUCAUUUGCUGGUGGGUUUAUAAACAGUUUUGGUCGUUGACAAAACAGAGAUCAACAAUAAUCAUGAACGUAGCUUUUCUUCCACAAGGAUGUUAAUAGUUCGUAUUUAAGUACUUAAUAAAACAAACCAAAUCCUGACUUGUAAUUAGGUACUGAAUAAAAAACAAUAUGAACUAC